UGCUGUACAAAUUAAUUUCCGUUGAAUACGAUUUUUUAAACUUUCCGAACGAACGACCGUACAAAUUCUCAGCAAUAAAUAUUAAUGCUGCAUUUGUGCGUGUUUUAUGUACCAUCACGUACGCAUUUUAAUAAAUUAUUGUCAAUUUUUCGUUGAAACUCUCGUUCAGUGCAAAACUGGCUUGAACCAAGGUGUUUUUCACUUUAUAUUAUGGAUGACGAGCUCGAAGACAGGAUUUUGUAUCAGACAUAUCUGUCACAUAUGAAGUUGGUGUCAAAGUUUGCCGUGGGUAUUCCCACCGGAUUACACGCUGGGAUAAAUAAUCCUUUGGGUUAUUUUUGGAGAAUCAUGAGAGUCUAUGCAUUGAAGCCAGAAGUGUUAAUUUGUGGAGCAAUUUUGGCAAUAAUUCUAUUCUACAUACAAGCAGUUGAUGUGUGGAGUCGAUCAUUAUUAGGAAGAAUUCAAUAUACCCUUGGUCGUACCACAUCAAAGGUAUCAAAACUACAGUUUUUAGUUAAUGAUUCUGUAAACAAUGGGAUGAAACUUAGUUGGGAAUUAAAACAAGGACAUAUUGCUGCAUAUGCUGUUCAAGGUCAUAGACCUCGUAUGGAAGAUCGUUUUGUUGUGAACGAAGAUAUGAAUGAUACAGGUGUAUCUUUGUUUGCCGUAUUUGAUGGACACGGUGGAGAAUUUGCUGCAAAUUAUGCAUAUGAUAAUCUUAUCCCGAAUAUUAAUAAGAAAGUGCUCGAAUUGAAAGAUAUGAUAGCUGGUAAAACACCACAUGUUCAGUUAACAGAAGAUGUGGAUAAAGUUGAGGAACAUCCAAAGGAGGAGAAAAAUGAUGGUGCUCCCGAACGGAAAAAAUCGUUUCGCAAAACAGUCAGCACAUCUCAAACAUACGAUUGUAUGAAGAAAAUCGUUGAUGUAACUGAUCCAGAAUUACUUGACAAGUUAAACAGGUUGCAGAGACCAAUUACAAGAGAGGUAAGGCCAUGCAGGACAACAGGAAAACCAGAAAAAAUAGAUAUUACAAAUUAUCUCGAUGGAAAUAAAAUAAACUACGGUAGACUACUAACUGACGAAGUGUUAGCAGUCGAUCGAUUGUUAGUCGAAACAGCUAAGAAAAAUAUGGAUGUCGCUGGUACAACUGCCUUGAUUGCUCUUUUAGAAGACAACAAAUUGAUUGUGGCAAAUGUUGGCGAUUCAAGAGGUGUAAUGUGUGAUGGAAAAGGAAAUGCAAUACCUUUGUCUUUCGACCAUAAACCUCAACAAGAAAGAGAAAGAAGGAGGAUAAAUAAAGCAGGCGGCUUAGUUACGUUUAAUGGUGUAUGGAGAGUCGCCGGUAUAUUAGCUACUUCUCGAGCCUUGGGUGACUAUCCACUAAAGGAUAAAAAAUUAGUAAUUGCCGAUCCUGACAUUUUAACUUUCGAUCUCAGUGAUCAUAAUCCAAUGUUCAUUGUUCUCGCAUCGGAUGGUUUGUGGGAUACUUUUACAAAUGAAGAGGCUGUGGCGUUCAUUAAGGAACGUAUAAAUGAACCACAUUUCGGAGCAAAAAGUAUCACGCUGCAAAGCUAUUACAGGGGUUCUGCAGACAAUAUUACUGUGGUUGUUAUCAAUUUGAAAGAUCGUAAAUUCGGUAUUUCAGAGAUCAAAAAAUAUUAGUAAUGUUUUUAUUAUGCAACUAAACUACAAUACUUCCCCAAAGAUAUUCUGAUCAUUAAUUACAUAAUAACAACUAGUAAGUAUAAAUCUGAAAAGAAAUGAGUGUACUCUGGCUGUGCGUGCGUAAUAUAGAAAAAUUGGA